UCAGACACAGUAAUGAAGAACUUUGAAACGGGUUGGCUUGAUAUGCUCAUUCUUUUAAAUCUCUUCACCAGGGGUUUCACAGUCAGAAGGUACUCUGUUCCUGAAGAAUACUUCCUGUUUCUGCACUGCGACAGUGAUCCAGACAACCCCAAUAUGGAGUGGAGGAACAGGGCAGGCCAGGUCAUUGCCUCCAAAAAUGGAGCUGCCGUGUCCUACCUCAACCAGAAUAAGUACCACAUAGCAGACGGAUUCCUGCAGAUUAAGGAGCUGGAGCGGUCCGAUGCUGGGGAGUAUUACUGUAACGGUCACCUGGAGGCCGAGGUGGAGGUGCUGACAGGUCGAAGAUUUUCUAUAUCUGAGGGACGGACCCUGUUGAUACCCUGUGAAGGUGACAAAAAGCAGGUCUGGUCCUUCAAGAAAGAGAGGAGCCCCAAGCGUGUGAUCUUCACCGUCCUCAGGAAUGGAACUGUAAUCGGACAGAGCGACAACCUACAAGGACGGUUUUUCCCCUAUCACAAGGCUCUUAUGAUAGUUCAUCUGGAGCUAGAGGAUUCUGGGAAGUACUUGUGUAACAACAACCCGGUUGCCUGGCUCACAGUGAUUAAAGCUCGUCAGGAUCAUAUAUACCAAACCACAACAGCAGUAAUGGAUAUAAUUGUUACAGAUUCACCAGAAAUACAUGUAACGGGUCCUAUUUUGAAUAAAGUGGCUGUUAUUGCUGUUGUCGGACUAUGUGUACUAGUGUCAUCAGUUUUUCUGGUGUCGCUAAUUUUGUGCCAGAGAAAGAUGUCAAAGAAAAGAAAGAACAAAAAGCAUGUCAGAAUUACAGGGACAGGACAUCAUCAUGAGGAAACUGAGCUGCAACCACAGGGCCUAUGCAUUAGAGGUUCACCGAAGAUUCACAGUGAUGUUGAUCAGAGCCUGUCAGCUGUGGAGGACCGUGAGGUCCACUAUGCAUCUCUGGGGCGACAGAACUGGCUGGAAAGAGGGCGAAUGCAGGAUAAGGAUCACCAGGUCAUCUAUUCCACUGUUGCCGUGACGUUGAACCCAACUACAGACUAGAUUCUGUGAGCAAGAUUUAUUGACCUGCUGUGCAUAGACAACAUAGAGGGGUUGUGGAAUAUUAUAUAUAUAUAUAUAUAUAUAUAAAUUGUCAUAUUUGUGUAGAACUUUCCUUGAUAAGC